AUGCCAAGCAGUAACUGGACGACAGCCUCGUGUCCGUUCCUGGCUGCCUAUAAUAGCGGUGUCUGGCCGGAUCCGUUAUCUCUUGUAUCGACAUCGACCUUGCCCGUGCCGAGUAGCAACUGGACGACGGCCUUAUGCCCGUUCUCGAUGGCCUAUAAUAGCGGCGUCCGGCUAUAUAUGUUAUCUCUUGUAUCGAGAUCGACCUUGCCCGUGCCAAGCAGCAACUAUACGAUGGCCUUAUGCCUGUCCCUGGCUGCCCAUAAUAGCGGCGUCUGGCCAUUGCUAUCUUUCGCAUCGACAUUGACCUUGCCUAUGCCAAGCAGCAACUGGACAAUAGCCUCGCGCCCGUUCCCGGCGGCAUACGAUAGCGGCGUCCGGCCAUUGCUAUCUUUCGUAUCGACAUCGACCUUGCCUGUGCCGAGCAGCAACCGGACGACAGCCUCGCGCCUGUUCCCAGCGGCAUACGAUAGCGGGGUCCGGCUGUAUAUGUUGUCUCUUGUGUCGACAUCGACCUUGCCCAUGCCAAGCAGCAACUGGGCGAUAGCCUCGUGUCCGUUCCUAGCGGCCUAUAACAGCAGGGUCCGGCCUUCCUUAUCCGUGGAAUCGACUUGGGCUCUAUACUCGAGGAGAAGCUCUAUAACAUUGCGCUUGCCGUUCUCUACGGCAUAG